UACAUGCCUACCAGAUGGGGGUGUCUGGAAUGCAGGGGAAAGGCUGAUUUCUGACACAGGAGUGCCAACGCAUGCAUAAUAACACCACAAUGUCAUAAGCCUGCUUGUUUGAGUCGUGCCUUGAUUGCAACCUAUUGGUUUCUGAGCUGGGAGAAAAAAGUGGGGCACAUUUGGAUACAUAAGCUGCAAGAAUGAACAUUUGAAGGCGGGGUCACUCUCUGAGGCACUUUGACCUCGCCCGCAGAGGCUUGCGUAGCUGCGAAGGAAGAGGUUGUGCCAGGCGAGGGAGCGGGAAGGGGGAGUUUGAAAUAGAGACUUUUGGGUUUUCUUUAACCCAAAAAAAAACUUUACGUGCGUCUUCUUUGCCCCGGGGCCUUGCCUCCAGGACUUUCCGGGCCGUUGCAGACAGGGUCUCAGCUGGAAGAUGGAGGGUUGCACGGGGGCCUGGAGCUUGAGCGUGCCGCUGCUGUUGCUGGCCGGUGCGGCCCUGUGCCAGCCCCAGGCGGGGACAGAGGCUGCCCUGGCGGUGGAGCAACUGGGCGACACGAACUGGACCCUGAUCCUGAGCGGCGAGUGGAUGUUGCAAUUUCAUGCCCCAUGGUGCCCAGCGUGUAAGCAAAUCCAGGCAGACUGGGAGGAUCUCGGGAAGUCUGGCAGGGAGCUCGGCAUCCAUGUUGGAAAGAUAGAUGUCACUCGGGAGCCAGGUUUGAGCGGCCGCUUCUUUGUCACCACUUUGCCAACCAUUUACCAUGCCAAAGAAGGCGUCUUUCGGAAAUAUCACGGAGCAAGGAUGCUGGAGGAUUUCCGGAGUUUCAUUAAGGAGAAGAAGUGGGAGGCUGUUGAGUCGAUUAGCGGGUGGAAAUCUCCGUCUUCUGUUGUAAUGUCUGGGAUGGCUGGUCUUUUCCGACUCUCUGUCUGGAUCAGGCAAAUACACGGUUACUUGACUGAAACACUGGGCAUACCAGCGUGGGGUUCAUAUGUUAUCUUUGCGGUUGCUACGCUAAUGGCAGGCCUCAUUCUCGGCCUGUUUCUAGUCCUAAUUGCCGACUGUAUAUGUCCACCCAAAAGGCAACAAAAAUAUGAGGUAACAGCAGAGAUGUUGGAAGCGGAAGAUGAGGACUCCGAGGAGCUGGAGAAGAGGGAACUGGAUCCCUCCGAGUGGGAACCGCACGGCUCAGGAGCUGAGGAUGAAGACAACCCUCUAGACGCCAAGCCCUCAGGAGACGAGUCGGCUUUUGAGGAAGAUCAGCCGCCGUCUGACAACGACACAGACGGGGGGCUCCGCAAACGAAUCAUCCCGGAAGAUUCCUAAGCUCUCCUUUUACAGGCACGUAUGCCACUAGCUCGGACUCCGACCAAAGAAUUGUGCUUCUGUGGACUUUCUGUCCCUAUUUUGUUUUGUCUUGGAUUUUGAAAUUUGGUUUGUUUGGAUUCACUUUUCUUUCCUCUUUGUGACAGAUUUAUCGGCUAUGACAAUCUUGAUCUAUUGUUAACUGAAUAUAAUGUGCAGGCUCUGCCUGUAACCUUUUUUUUUCCAAAAAAAAAAGACAGUGGUUUUUGUAGGUUAAUGAAUGUUUUCACAUUUUGUACUUUGUAUGAAAAAAAGGGCAGCGGUGCUCCAAGUUUCUGUGAGCAGAGGUUAUCUCUAAAGCAAAUAGUGCCGCCUGCUAACUUCAUACUGGAACCUUGGCCAAAAUGGGUAGUGCCCUGGUUGCACGCGUGCUCGCUCUCUUUCUCUCCCCCCCCCUCACUUCCUCUCUCUCCUGCUCAUUUUCUUACUCCUGCCCUCUCGCGCUC